AUGCCUCUUUUCAAAUGGCAGGAUGCGCGCAAGACGAGUGAUGGCGGUGCAUUUACCCGCGCGAUCCGCACUAGCCUCACCGCGCACCUUCAGUACUUACAGCCGAAUCUGGAAAGUAUUGUCAAGAGCGAAAUGAUGAAAGCUCUUCAUCAGACAGACAGGCAUGGCUGGGCGCAUCCCAAAAUCUUUCCCCUAAUGAAACAUAUCGUUUCUAAAUUGAACUGCUAUGCCUUUUUUGGCCCAGAGCUUUGUACGUUACUGUCUAUGAAGUAUCCUUUGGCCGUCGUUCUAGCUAACUGGAAAUAUUUGCCAUCAGGGCAGGAUGACGAGUUCGUCGCUACGGCAUUGGAAUACCCACAGACCACCGUUUUCGCAGCAGAGCUUGUGAGGAAUCUUCCGACCUUCUUGUGUCCUCUCGCCGCUGGUUUGGCAACAAAUUGGGGCCAGGCUGAGAAAACACUUGUCCACUACCUGUCCCCUAUCGUUGAGGAGCGACUACGCAUAAAGGAGAAGAUUCGCGAAUCAGGCGCUUCAGACCAGCUUGACAAGCCGAAAGACGUGAUGCAAUGGAUGAUUGAUGUGAGUCCUCAGAGGAAUUGGACGACGACUUUGAUGGUGGGACAGAUUCUGGCGGUGUGGGUCCCUUCGGUUCAUCAAAUAUCUAUGGUAAGGAUUUCAAUGAUCACGAACCCGAUAGUCAUGCGUCGAAAGGCAGUCGAGCCACACAUUCUGUGUGAUGGCUCUCGCGUGGCAAAGGGCGACUGGAUAUGCGUGCCCCAACAAGCUAUCAUGAAGGAUGGCAGCAUGUAUCGCAACCCUCAUGAGUUUGAUGGCUUCCGUUUUGCGAAGGCCAAUGAAGUCCUACGUCAUGGUCAUUUAUCCCCUGAUACUCCUGACAAGGUAGAGACGAAACUGAACGAUGCCAACUUUGAAUGGUCUGUAUGGGGAUUUGACCCGGCUGCUUGCCCUGGACGUUGGUAUGCUACCUUGGUUAUAAAGCUCAUCAUUAUACACGUUCUGGAAAAUUGGGAUUGCAAAUUAGCCGACAAAAAUGCGUCUCGAUCCAAAACAUGGCGCACAAAUUGCUUUCCCCGUUCUGAUACCAUUGUGUCAAUGAGGAAGCUUGAGUAG